AUAGAAAAUGUCUCGCCGGGCGUCAUGGAAACGCGAACGAGAAGAUGACCGGGGAGAGGAUGAAGAAGAGACAGCUCUGACGAUUUUGAAAGAUUUCUGUGAGGAUACCUCGUGGGGAGGGCUGGGACGAGUUGUUGGUUCCAGUUAUCUAUUUUUUCGUAUCAUCUGGAUGUUGGCAUUUCUUGGAGCAUUUGGUGCUGGAAUCUAUCAGCUGAUUGGCUUAUUCCAGACUUAUCAAAGCAAGCCAAUUAAUACUCGUAUAUCUCUUCAGCAUAGCUCGUCUCUUGAGUUCCCAACUGUCACGUUGUGCAAUUUCAAUAUUCUUCGCAAGUCACUCCUUCAUGAACUCCCAGGCUCCGUGAAAGGUGACGUCGAAAAAUAUACAAAAAAACGUAACUCUACCUCAGCAAAAAAAGCCAAAAAGACUAAAUCUUCACAAGAGGAAGAAGACGAUGGUUUUCCCGAUCCUGAUUCAGCUGAUGAAGAUUAUCAGAAUUCGGAGAAAAUAGCGGCAGCACUUGUAAAGGAGNGUAGUAAAAAAUGCUCUCGGUAUAGGGACCUUUGGCAACAGGACGGGGGGAGGAGCAGUGGGGACAUCAAAAUAAACGAGGAACAGAUCAUAAUUCUUUCUUUGAAAGCUUAA